ACGUCUUAAGUAGUUGUACUGUGAUGCGUCGGAAGGAGCUACCUCUAGCUCAAAGCGGUCGAGGCAGAGGUUUAAUAGCAACCAGAGCAAAUCAACAGCAGCAUAGAAUGCAAGGCCUUAAAAGUCAACUACCGAGAAGCUACUCCUCACCCGCUCCACAAAAUGAGACCAGCCCCCGGAGUAGUCAAUGUAAAAGUGCCGUCAUGAGAAGUUUUUCGUCACCUGAACCUAAACCGUCGAGUAGCAGACGAAAUUCGGAAUCAUUUUAUAGACCAGACUCUCGAGGUUCGAGGAGCGAACUGGAUUCUGAUUUGGAACAUUUUGAACAAUUUGAAGAUUGUUUAAUUGAUAUUGAUGCGGAAGCUGACGAAGCAUACGGACAUUAUCAAGGAAGUCCCGAGAGAGAAAGACCUAAGCGUGUGAUCACAACGCUUCUUCCCGGCAGCGGCCUUCAGAAAAUUACAAUUAGACCAAUUUAUUCUAACACAGCCCAAGGCCAAACCGUUCAAGAAGCUUGUAAAACGUCGAAAAUAGAUAAGGCUGAAAAUAAAAAAAUUUCUCGUCUGAACUUUCGUCCUCUUAUCCUGAAAAUGCCAACUCCAAAUAUUCUUCAUUCCGAAUCAGAGCACUCUAUAGGCAUCGAGGAGUUGCAAUCAUCACCACAGCUGGAAAUGGAAGUAAUGGAACUGAACAGAGAAUUUGAUAAGGGAGAGGAACACUUAAAUAAAGAUAUCGCAAUAGCGGUCGCGGAAAGUGAUACUGAGGUACGUUCAGAAGAGUCCCUCGUUUCACCGGGAAAGACAACAAAAACUUCACGAUGGAUACCAGAAUUCUCCUUGGAUGGCAGCAACAGUUUAAAGUCCAACGGCAGCGCCAAGGACCUGGCAUCUGUGAUGGAGAACCUGAAGAAGAGCAGCCUCGCCCGCCAGAACCAGACUCUCAACACACAGGUCACAAGCUCUUUAAAACAACAAAUGGUGUCUAGUACAACUUCAAGCAGUGCUGUCACGAGCCAGAGGGUGCAGAGCUCGUCACAGCGUGCUAGUUCCAUGAAGUCAGACCUCACAGAAUUAAAAAGUUCAAUUUCUGAAAUGAAAACACUCAGCAAUUCCGCUUUAAAUUUCGGACAAAGAUUAAGAAGCUCGAUGGAGAACAUAGUAGAUCAAGACGAUAUAAAGGAACGGCAUAUAUCUGACAUAAGAGAUCUCAGUGAAAUGGGAGAUAUCGGUGAUAUGAGUGACAUGAGCGAUUUGGCUGGAGAUGGCCCUUUAGUUACCUUUCCAGAAUCAGACACGCCGCCACCUGACAAGCAAUGUCUAUUAGCAAGUAACGCUACAUCCGUUGGGACUAAUGCCGCAAACGAGUUAAAAUACAGUGCCGCUCGAAUGACUUCAGCGAGCUCUACACGAGUUGUUACGGACGGAUACAGUGCAUCAAAAUCAGAAGCUAACAGUACAAGGAUGCGCCGGCUACAACACGGGGAUAUGCAAUACGCGGAACGCAGUGCUGCCGGAGCGUCACAUAGACUUUUACAAGCUGAGGGGUUAACUGCAGAACAAAAUGCUGCAUAUCAUCAGGAGAAGCGAUCAUUGCAAGCUGGAGAAGUAACAGCUCAGGAAGCGAACAACAUGUCUGCAACAAGUUCACGGUUGCAAACGGAGGCAUUCAGUGCAGAGAAGAAGGCAAUGGCUUCAUCGCAAGCUCGACAAACAGUAACAUCAAGCGGCAUGUUUAGUCACAAGGAGCACUCAAGUGUCGCACACUCGAAUAUGACCAUUUCAAGCAAAAACUUAACUACGAAAUCAACUCUGUUAUCCUCACAGAUGAGUCAAUUAUUGAAUGGAACAGUUAAGCCUGGUGAUGAAGACUUAUCAAACUUAACAUUUGAAGAUUUAGACAAAUUAGAUGCUAGUUCGAACCAAAAAGAUGUCGAAACAGCGAUACAAAAAUAUUCUCACCGUGUGAACGCAUUUAUAACCGCUGUAAAAAACAAUCAAAUAGAUUUAAAAAACGCAUGCACACACUUUAACAAACUAAACGAAAUGCUGAGAAGAGCAUGGGCAGUGCCGACGUACGGACACGAAUUGGGCUACUCCUUAUGCAAUACAUUGCGAACUUCUGGUGGUCUUGAUAUAUUAAUGGCCAACUGCUUAGAAUCAAAUAAUCCCGAUUUACAAUUUUGCUCCGCUAAACUUCUCGAACAAUGCCUUACUACAGAAAACAGAGCUCAUGUCGUUGAAAACGGACUUGAAAAAGUCGUGAAUGUCGCUUGUGUAUGUACAAAACAUGCAAACUCCGUAGAUCACGCAAGAAUAGGUACUGGAAUUUUAGAACACUUGUUCAAACAUAGUGAAGGCACUUGUAGCGACGUUAUUAAGCUCGGUGGCUUAGACGCAGUUUUAUUCGAAUGCAGGAAAAAUGACAUUGAAACUCUUCGACAUUGUGCCACCGCCCUUGCUAACCUUUCGCUUUAUGGUGGUGCAGAAAAUCAAGAAGCCAUGAUAAAGAGAUCAGUACCGAUGUGGCUGUUCCCUCUUGCUUUUCACAAUGAUGAUAAUAUUAAGUACUAUGCAUGUUUAGCUAUCGCUGUUUUAGUAGCGAAUAAGGAAAUAGAAGCCGCCGUCCUAAAGUCUGGUACUCUUGAUUUAGUAGAGCCAUUCGUUACAACGCAUAAUCCAUCCGAGUUUGCUCGAUCUAAUUUGGCACAUGCACACGGCCAGAGUAAAAACUGGCUGCAAAGGUUAGUCCCUGUACUGAGUUCAAAGCGAGAAGAGGCAAGGAACCUCGCUGCAUUCCAUUUUUGUAUGGAAGCCGGAAUUAAGAAACAGCAAGGCAACACAGAAAUCUUUAGGGAAAUCGGUGCUAUAGAGUCAUUGAAAAAAGUAGCCAGUUGCCCUAAUGCGGUUGCAUCCAAAUACGCUGCACAAGCAUUAAGGCUCAUAGGAGAGGAAGUUCCUCACAAGCUGUCACAACAAGUUCCUCUUUGGUCAAUAGAAGAUGUGCGAGAAUGGGUGAAACAAAUAGGUUUUUCCGAAUACGCCACUAACUUCUACGAGAGUCGAGUGGAUGGAGACUUAUUAUUACAAAUAACUGAAGACAAUCUCAAAGAAGACAUCGGAUUACAUAAUGGAAUCAAACGUAAAAGAUUCACCAGAGAACUUCAGCAAUUAAAGAAAAUGGCAGACUACAGUUCACGUGACACGGGCAGUUUAAAUGAAUUCUUACAAGGCAUUGGUCCAGAAUACACAAUCUAUACAUAUUCAAUGUUAAAUGCUGGUGUAGAUAAAGAAUCAAUUCGAGGGUUAAGUGAUGAACAACUAGAAGUGGAGUGUCGGAUAGUUAAUAGCAUACAUCGACUCCGAAUUCUAAACGCAAUACGAGCAUAUGAAAACAAUUUGCUGAGUAAAGGCGAAGAGAAUAUGGAAAAGAAAUUGGACGUGUUUGUAAGCUAUCGUCGGUCAAACGGUUCUCAACUGGCGAGUUUGUUAAAAGUUCACCUACAAGUGCGAGGUUUUACUGUAUUCAUCGACGUAGAGAGGUUAGAAGCGGGCAAAUUCGACAACAACCUACUCCGAAGCAUACGUCAAGCCAAACACUUUUUGUUGGUCCUUACACCAAAUGCCCUUGAAAGGUGCAAGCAUGAUACAGAACAAAAAGACUGGGUUCAUCGGGAGAUAGUGGCAGCGUUGCAAUCACAGUGCAAUAUUGUACCAAUUAUCGACAACUUUGAGUGGCCAGAACCCGAGGAGUUACCCGAAGAUAUGCGUGCCGUGUGUCACUUCAACGGCGUACGCUGGAUACAUGACUAUCAAGAUGCCUGUGUUGAGAAACUUGAGAGUUUCCUUCGCGGCAAAUCCAACCUCGCUAAUAGGUUGGAAGGUGCACUGAGAAGUCGUGGUGACGUGCCGACGCCCGGCACGGCUACCAUCGGUCGCGGUCCGCCUAACUACCAACGUAUGCACUCUAGCGAAAGUAGAGGCAGCGAUAAAGCAGAUUGACUAGAAACUUUACACACUCUGCCACCAGUAAGACCGAGAAGAAGCCGGCAGUCAUCAGUAGAAAAAGCUUUAGCAAACUCACAAAGUUGUGAACAAUCACCAAGCAGUAGUAGCAGCACCUCCAAAACAAAUUCGCCUGUUAAAACUUUAUAUAGUGUUCCC